AGCCUUUCCAACAUGGCAGCGCCAAGCAACGCAGAGCAAACGCAGUUGCAAGAUAUGGAGGAGGAAGAAGCAGGGAUGGAGGAAAGGGAGAUGGAAUCGGACGAAGAGGAGGGCAUGGGUGUGGAAAACUCCGAAGACGAAGAGGACGACUCCUCUGAGGACGAGAAGGAAAAUGAAGCUGAGAUCCAGCGAUUGGAGGAGCAGCUGUCGAUCAACGCCUUCGACUACAACUGUCACGUGGAUCUUAUCAAACUCCUCAAGCAGGAGGGAGAACUUUUCCGCCUGCGAAAGGCAAGACAGAAGAUGAGCGAACUUUUCCCUCUAACUGAAGAGAUCUGGCUUGACUGGCUCAAAGAUGAGAUCCGCCUGACUGAGGAGGAUUCAAACCGAGAGAAAGUGUAUGAGCUGUUUGAGAGAGCCGUGAAAGACUACAUCUGUCCAGAUAUUUGGCUCGAAUAUGCCCAGUACUCUAUUGGUGGCAUGGGGUCACCAGGUGGGAUAGAUAAGGUGAGGUCCAUCUUUGAGAGAGCGGUGACGGCGGUGGGGCUUCACAUGACCAAGGGACAGACGCUGUGGGAGGCGUACAGAGAGUUUGAGAACGCGGUUUUGUCCACAGUGCAGCCUCCCCCUGGCAAGAUUCCCAGCCGCGAGGAGCAGGAGCUGCUCUCCGCUCAGCUCGAGCGGAUUCAUACGCUGUUUCGCCGCCAGCUGGCCGUUCCCUUAAUGGACAUGGAAACCACCUAUGCAGAGUACGAGGAGUGGUCAGAAAACGGAGUCCCCGAGACGGUCGUCCAUCUGUACAGAAAGGCUCUGCAGCAGAAGGAAAAGUGCAAAUCUCACGAAGAGACUCUGCUGGUAGCCGAACCUCCCAAACUGGCCGAAUAUCAAGCCUACAUUGAUUUUGAACUGAAGGAGGGCGACCCGGCACGCGUCCAGAUAACAUUUGAACGGGCUCUGGCUGAGAACUGCCUGGUACCAGACAUGUGGACUAAAUACACCACAUAUCUUGAUCGCCAGUUGAAGAUCAAGGAUUUGGUCCUGUCCACUCAUGAGCGAGCCGUCAGGAACUGUCCCUGGACCAUGAGUCUGUGGAAGAGCUACCUGCAGGCUCUGGAGAGGCAUGGGGCCGACCAUCAGUGUGUGUCAGAUGUUUUUGAAAAGGCGCUGAAUGCAGGUUUCAUUCAAGCGACGGAUUAUGUAGACAUAUGGCAGGCAUACCUUGACUACCUGAGGAGACGAGUGGACUUCAGUAAAGAAUCCAGUAAAGAGCUAGAAGAGCUACGCGCUGCCUUCUCUCGAUCCCUAGACUACCUGAAGCAAGAUGUUGAAGAACGGUUUGGUGAAAGUGGAGAUCCAUCUUGUGCCAUUAUGCAGAUUUGGGCUCGGAUAGAGGCCCACCACUGCAAGAACAUGCAGAAAGCAAGAGAAGUGUGGGAUAACAUCAUGACUAAAGGGAACGCCAAAUACGCCAACAUGUGGUUGGAGUACUACAACCUUGAAAGAGCUUAUGGAGACAUGACUCACUGCAGGAAGGCUCUCCACAGAGCGGUUCAGUGCACCUCAGAUUACCCAGAACAUGUCUGUGAAGUCCUGCUCUCCUUUGAGAGGGUAGAAGGUACGUUGGCAGACUGGGACACAGCGGUGCAGAAGACAGAGACACGGCUGAACAGAAUAAAUGAGCAGCGAGCAAAGGCGGCAGAGAAAGAAACUAACCUGGCGCGUCACGAGGAGGAGAAAAUGGAGCAGCGGCGGAAGGCCAAGGCAGAAAAGAAGGCCCAGAAGAAAGCCCAGAAGACAAGUCGAGGCGGGGAGAAGAGAAAAGCAGAGCAAGAUGAUUAUCAGGAGGACUGGACUGAGAAAUCGGCUCCUAAAAGGCAGAGAGGAAACGGUGACAGCAACACAGAUGAGUACAUGGAGACAGAGACCGGACUAUUUGUGAGGAACGCCCCUCCUGGGAAUAAGUAUGGUGGAGCUAGGAAUGCCCAGCAGGGGGCAGCGGUCGCCUCCCAGAGGCAGAACGCCGACCGGCGCGAGCUGCGAGACGACAGCUGCAGCGUGUUCAUCAGCAACCUGGCGUACACCCUGGAGGACCCAGAGGCCAAGCUGAAGUCACUCUUUGAGAGCUGCGGUCCGAUCCGACGGGUCCGACUGAUCACCGGCAACAGAGGGAUCUCCCGAGGUUACGGCUAUGUCCAGUUUGAGUCGGCGGCGGCGGUCCCUGAUGCUCUGAAGCUGGACAGGAAUGAGGUGGAGGGCAGACCCAUGUUUGUGUCACCUUGUGUUGACAAAAACAAAAAUCCUGAGUUUAAGGUGUUUAAGUACAACACAUCGAUGGAGAAACACAAAAUCUUCAUCUCUGGGUUGCCGUUCUCCUGCACUAAAGAGCAACUGGCGGAAAUCUGCAAACCUCACGGCAGCAUCAGAGAUGUUCGCCUCGUCACGUACCGCUCAGGGAAACCUAAGGGUCUGGCAUAUGUUGAGUUUGCAAAUGAAACGCAGGCGUCUCAGGCGGUGCUGAAACUAGACGGCAUCGAUGUGGAGGGCAACAAAGUCUCCGUUGCCAUUAGCAACCCCCCACGCAAAAGUCUGACAGACAAGCCUGGCUCCAGCAGACCCAUGGGAGACAUAAUGCCUCGUCAGGUUUACGGAUCGAGAGGGCGAGGACGCACCCAGCUUUCUUUACUCCCUCGCUCUUUGCACCGUCAACCGGCGCCUCCAGGCAAAGUGGAGAACGGGACCGCAGCCGAGGGAGCGCCACCGCCGCCGUCAACGGACAGCACGGCGGCCAACUCGGCCGGAGAGCCGAGGUCUUUGUCAAAUUCAGACUUCGCAAAGAUGCUUCUCAAUAAGUGAGCGAAGCCGAGGGGAGCUGUGAACUCCUCCUGCUGAAAGCCAUCCUGUGUCCUUACAAAUUAGUGUUGGUGAUUUCUGCUGUAGUUGGUUUUCUGACGGUCCCUUUAAUCUGACUCACACCUUCAUCAUCCGUUCUGCAAGAUUGCCUUAACCGUCAUGCUCCUGCCCUCUGUCACAAACCCAAACAAACAGAAUAUUUUUUCUCCAGUAUGACUGAUUGUUUGACUGCCAGACUGGUUUAUAUAUGUAUAAAAAAAAAGUGUAUCAUAUUUGUGUGUAAAUAUGUGAAGCUGUCGAGUUUUCUGCUUUUGUUUCUUGCUGUUUAAGGGAUCUGAUAGAUGAUUAUUUGAGAGUAUUUUUUAAAUAUUCAAAACAGCCGAACUCGUAUUGAUUUAAAAGGAAAAAAGUAUAUGCAAAGGCUCUGACAUGGUGUAAUAUAGUUUGUGUGUACAGUGUGGACGUUCUUUGGUGAUGUUUUAAUUUUGUGUAACUUGGGACACAUCAAACAAGUUUAGCCAUUAUAUUUUUUACAGAUGCAUGAUUUUAUUAGUCAUUGUUUAUUAUGGAGUGCACCUAAUUGAUCCAUCAAACUAAUACGGAUUAAAAAUGUUUUUUAGUCCAUUGUGAGAGUUUGUUUUACAGUAGAGAAGCUGUGAUACUCCUGAAGCUGGAUUUUUGUUGUCAUUGAGGAUAUAGUGUCCUAUCAUUUAUCAGUUUUAUUGCAUCCUUUCGAUCGUUACGUCUGCUUAAGAACAGAGCGUCCGCUAUCAAGUCGGUUAUGUCUCAGAAACUGAUGUUUGUUUACGGGGAUUUAUCGGAGUGUAACUGGAUUUCCUUCUUACUGUGAAGUUUUUAGUAUUCAAGAUAUUUGCUCACUGAGUGACGAUCAACAGCUCACUGGUUGUCCGACUGUGUGGCACUCCAGGAGUCUGUAGACAAACCUCUUAUUAGUUUUGAUAAGCGGUUGAGCAAAUUUAAUUUCGCGACUGCAACUUGGUGGGGGAAAUAAACGGUAAACGGAGUUGCGGUUUGUUGCGAGAAAAUUUUAACGGGAAAGUGCGACUGGAAAGGUGACGCUGUGCCGUUCAGUCCUGGGUUUUUCCUCAGAGGUUCGUUUCAUCCUUAAUCAUGUUAAAGGAUCGCCACGGUAACCCACAAAACAAAUGACGGCUGUCAUCUCGCACGUAGGUCUUUGGAGAAUCUAUGCAGUUUUUCCAUGUCGGGGUGAAGAGGUUGGGUUCUUGUACAUACUGUUCAGUAAACAAAGAUCUCCUUAGUUUGUAAUAAAAGCAGAUUUACAUUUACAGAUGGUAUGUAUUGCUCUCACCACAGUGCCCUAAGUGUAAAGUGAAACUAAAAGUGUAAAUACCGGUCUGAAGUCAUCUUCUGUUUUAAUGUCCAGUACUAAAUGGUUGUAUUGUGAGUUUUGCUGUUUUGUAUGAUUUCUAAAGUUCAUGUUUUAAACUUGGAGGAUCUGAAAAGAAUAAAAGGCUUUCAGAAUUUG